GGUGGGUGAAGAAACUGAUGAGAGUAGCUAGCUCCCGUGUGGGCGGACAUUUCAAAGACAUCUUCUUUUUCAUUUCCCUUGCCAAAAUUAAAAUAUAUCCAUCUCUCUCUCUCUCUCUACUGUAUAUAUUUCAAACUAUAUAUCAUACCUAAUUCAUCUCUAACACCUUCUACUUUCAUUUCAUUUCAAAUUUAAUCAAAAUACUACAUCUUCUCUCACAAUGGAAUCUGCAGCUGUCCUGCGCUCAAUUCACUAUUCUAUGGGUACUGUCGCACCUUUGCGCCCUCUAUAUGAGAGACCAGGUGUGGUUUUUAUGAACAAUGCUGCAUGGCUUGGUUGUGAUUUAGUUUCUUCUCAGAAAAAACGAGCAGGGUCUCUUGUUUCAUGUGUGAAGUCUUCUGAGAUGGCUGUUGUAGACAAGUCCAAUGGAUCAGUGGAGAAAAAGAUUUCAGUGGGUUCCACUUUUCCUAAUGGCUUUGAGGAGCUUGUCUUGGGAGUCUGUGACGAGACACAGAUUGCUGAGCUGAAAAUGAAGAUCGGGGGAUUUGAAAUGCAUCUCAAGAGGAACAUUAAAUCAGCAGAACCCAUCAUGCCUGUUGCUUCACCUACAGAAGCACCACCAAUUCCUAGCAAACCAAUGAAUGAAUCUACCCCUGUGACCGCAUCAUCACCGCCAACUUCUCAAAAAACAACUCCAUUCACAAAUGUCCCUGUUGAGAAGUCAAGAAAAUUAGCAGCACUGGAAGCUUCUGGAGCUAGUGGAUAUGUUCUAGUCUCAUGUCCAACGGUUGGAACAUUCCGUAAAAGCAGAACACUCAAAGGGAAGAAACAGCCUGUCCUCAUCAAAGAGGGUGAUGUUAUCAAGGAAGGACAGACUAUAUGCUACUUGGACCAGUUUGGCACAGAACUUCCAGUGAAGUCGGAUGCAGCUGGAGAAGUCAUAAAGCUACUCUUUGACGAUGGAGAGGCAGUUGGGUACGGUGAUCCCAUCAUUGCAGUCUUGCCCUCGUUCCAUGAUAUCAAGUAAAAUACCAUUCAUCACUAUUCAAGUAGUUUCAUGGGUACGGAGAGCCCUUUGGCUUGCGGUUUGCUUCCGAUUUCAAAUUUUCUGUAUUCUUCUCAUGUUUAGCAUUUUCUCCUUUGCCAAGUUUUGCGGGUUGAAAAUGACACUAAAUCUGCAACAAAAAGCGAUCUAUAAUUUCAACAACUAGAGAGUUUAUAAUCUGUAUUUGCCAUAUUUUUGUAUGCCAGGAUAAUAUAUAAUGAUCAUUGUUGCAGAUGAUUCUCA